GGGCCAGUCUAACGACGAUAUCUGAAGCAUAAAGACAUGCGACGUCUCGGGUGCAACGGCCGUCAGAGUCAUUGAACGCUUGAAUUUUCCUGGCCCAAGCCGAUAAAAGCCAAUACAGUGCAGCCGAAAGUCGGCCUACUCCGCAGAGUCUACCUAGCCAGAUAAGUGACCACCAGUAUGGUGCUGGCCACGCCCCCUGUGAGCAAGGGCGGUAACGCGGGCGGCCUCUUCAUGGACCAGUAUCAGCAGUACGCGGCCCACUGUGAGACCGCGGACAGCGGCAAUGGCAGCGACCUGGAGAGCACCGGAUUGCCCACCAAGCCGGGCGACAGCGAGGAGAGUGGCCCCUCCUCGCUGGGCAGCGACUCCAUGCACGGCAGUAGCACGGAGUACGUGCGCCAGUCCGCCUCCCAGCCCAGUGGCCAGCGGCAGCGCCAAAAGUCCUUGCGGGUCCUGGGCGCCCUGCUGCCCGACAGCCUGCUCCGGGACAUACGGGACCGGAGGAGCGCCGAGUAUGUGGUGCAGUUCUCGCAGCCAGAGGACGAGGAGAAGAUCCAGGCGCCCGACCAAAUCUCGGAGCAGCCCAGUCCGUUCCGCCUGGCCCGCGAGUCGCUGAGCGAGGACAAGAUCGAGGAGCUGCGGGCCGCCGUGGAGCGGGCCAACUUUGUGCAAACCGGUGAGGAGGCGCAGUCUCUGCCCGCCAGCAGCAGCAUCGGCGGACACCGCGGCAAUAUCAACUACAAGUAUGCUGACGACCAGUACUACAGCUUUCACAUCAACGAGCACGAGAACUUCGGCGCGAGAAGCGCGAGAAGCGGCGACGAGGCGGACCACUCCACGGGAGCGGGAUCUGAGGCGGGCUCCGAGAGCGGGAUCCUAACGGAGCAGCAAGACCUCUUCGCCGGCUAUCGGGACGUGCGAUGUGGGGCCAGUUCCACCCAGUCCACCAUCCGAUCGGCCAAGGGAACGGUGCGGGGCGUCAAGAACCGUGUGCGCAAUGGAAUAGCCACGUUCUUGCAGCUCCAGCAGCAGCCCAAUGCCAAGAACUUCAAGGAGAAAGACCUGGGCAAGGUGGUGCUGUACACCACCAGCAUGGGCAUCAUCCGGGAAACCUACACGAAGUGUGCCAACGUGAAGCAGAUCCUGCGCACCCUGCUGGUCAAGUUCGAGGAGCGGGACGUCUUCAUGAGCGUGGAGUACCAGGCGGAGAUGCGCCAGCGGAUGCAGAGUGGCCAGGUGCGGGUGCCACAGCUGUACGUCGAGGGCCAGCACAUCGGGGACGCCGAGACCGUCGAGCGGCUGAACGAGUCCGGCGAGCUGAGGCAGCUGCUCAAGCCGUACAAGUCCAUGGCCAGCACCUACACCUGCCAGACCUGCGGCGGCUACCGCCUGCUGCCCUGCCCCUCCUGCAACGGGUCCAAGAAGUCCGUGCACCGCAACCACUUCACUGCCGAGUUCGUGGCUUUGAAGUGCAUGAACUGCGACGAGGUGGGCCUGGUCAAGUGCCACAACUGCUGAGCCCCCAUCCCAGUUCUAGUAGUCGUAAGCCCCGUUAGUCUAAGCCACCAAAAUCCAAUACGCUCGAAAUAUGCUAGGCCUAAGUAGUGAAUAGCUAAUCCGUCCCAGGGCUCUGUGCUACUUUAAUCUUCGAGAGAAUAGAGGGGGAUACUUUCUUAGGUUUUACACACAAGGGGGCACCGAAAGGGGCAUCAUAUGCGGAAUGGGAAACUAUGGGCUAAGUACUUUGCUACAAAUUGUAUUCUCUAAUUAGUUUGCAUUGAAGGAUUUAUUUCUCUGUUAGCGGAAGCUAAAACACGUGUCAAAUCAUUUUUUAUAAAGCGGUAAGUUAGACAUUUUAUAUGAUAGGUUAUUAUUAGGUAAAUAAAUGUUUGUUUUAUCGGUGAAGCCCAAUGAGAACAUUUAAGUUUUUGAAUAAUUUAUAUAGGUUUGUCAAUUUUAAGCUAUUAAAACAAUCAAACCUAACAAGAAUUCAGCAAUAAAUAAAAAGUCAACCAGCA